GCUUGUGUACUCAUGCAGGGUUCUCACAAGGCUAAUUGAAAAUUUCGUCACGCCUUUACACAUUUGCACGAUAUUGGGUGCCGAUUGCCUUGGGUGCAUUCACCACCACCCCGUUACAGAACCCACCCCGCGGCCCGCUGCAGAUUUGAGGCCUUAGUCGCCCUGUGCUACGUCGUGCACACGACUCCUUCUCCACUCACGAAAUCACAUAAUACCGUGCCCGCGCUCAUGGGAUUGACAGCUUGAGCAGCCACCUCUCGCCCUCCUCACCGCCUACGAUUACUGCUUCGUACAGUACCAUGCUCACUGCUUCAUGACAUAGCUUUGACCAAUAUAUCCUGUAUACACAUACAUACGAAUCAAUAGCACCAGCACACCCAUGGAAUUACACGAGAGUCCGGUGUCGGUGGUGGGGGCAAGAGGUGGAUUCAACAAACCAGUCAUGGUGGAGGAAGUACGUCCCACAGCCAUCACAAACGCCAGUGGGCAAGGAGAAGAGGCCUUGAAGGAUGUUGUGUGCGGCUCAGUUGCAGGUAUUGUUGGCAAAUACAUCGAGUACCCAUUCGACACAGUCAAGGUUCGCCUGCAGUCACAGCCAGCGACGUUACCGCUGCGGUACAACGGGCCAUUGGACUGCUUCAAGAAGUCGCUGCAGCGAGAUGGGUUCCUCGGCAUAUAUAGGGGCAUAAGCGCCCCUCUGGUGGGUGCUGCUGUCGAGACAAGCACCCUGUUCUUCAGUUACCGUGUUGCUGGAGACGCCUUGAAGGCAUCUGGAGUUUAUCCAGAGCUGAAGAAAAAUCCUGAUCAAGACUUACCCUACUCAGCGAUGCUCGGCUGUGGCAUGGUCGCUGGAGCUAUCACCUCACUCUUCCUCACGCCGAUCGAGCUUGUCAAGUGCAAGGUGCAGGUACCUGUAGAGACAUCGAGCGGGAUCGUUGCUCGUCCAACCGUACUCAGUAGUAUCGUCUCGGUCUAUCGUCACCAGGGCAUCCUGGGCUACUGGCACGGCCAACUUGGAACCUUCAUUCGCGAGACCGGCGGCGGCGCAGCAUGGUUCGGUGGCUACGAAGGCAUGAAGAUUGUCUUCAAAAAGGUGAACGGAUCAUCCAGCGAGGAUCUGCCCAUCUGGCAGCGCAUGGCCUCCGGGUCCAUCGCUGGCGCGGCGUACAACUUCGCGUUCUACCCCGCAGACACCAUCAAGUCGCGCAUGCAGACAGAGGAUGUGGGCAAGCUGACUGGCGGCCGUUCCACUUUCGGCGCGGUUGGCAAAGCGCUGUGGAGAGACCAUGGCAUCAAGGGCAUGUAUCGCGGGUGCGGUAUCACAGUGGCUCGCUCGAUACCCAGUUCUGCGUUUAUUUUCACAGUGUACGAGGAGUUGAAGAAGCAUUGGCCAGAGAGACGGUACUCACAUGGAAUUGAUUCAUCUUCCUCGUUAUUGCAUAGUAGAACUACGAGCAUCGCGUCAUCUGCGCGUACCGAGGCACAACAGAGCCUGUCUCUGACCACGAGACAUGGACAAAUUACAUGCGCUCGAGGUCUGGAAGCGCACAAUACAAUAGAAAAUGUGUCUGCGCUCGAGAAGAUCGUCCUCGACCCCAAGUACCAUGACAUCCUCACACUGGUAAAAGGUGUACGGAAUGGCAUCGUCUACGGAGCCAAAGUGCGCUUCCCGCACGCACUCGUCAUGAUCUUCCUCUUCCGUUCAGGAACGUUACGUUCGAAAUGCACACUCGUCUACAAAGCGACACGGCAACAUGCCCGCAACCUCGGUCUCUUUGCCCUCGUAUACAAAACCACCAUGCUGUUCCUCCGCCACACCUCACCCACCGGCAAAGAGCGCCACUACGACUCCUUCCUCGCCGGUCUUCUCGGCGGCUACACAGUCUUCGGGCGCACAAUCCACAACUCGGUCUCCCAGCAGAUCGUUAUAUACGUCUUUGCGCGCGUGUGCUUAGCGCUGGCGAAACUCGCUGUGCAGCCGAGACAUGUUGCUGGGACGCCGGGCGGUGGAGGCGGCUGGGAGUUGUUUGGGGAUGGAGAGAUGAGGAGGAGUUUAGUCAGGAACGGAUGGCCGGCCUUUGCGAGUUUGAGUUGGGCGAUGGUGAUGUAUUUGUUUAGGUGGUAUCCGGAGAGUGUGCAGAGCAGUCUGAGGAGUAGUAUGAGCUACAUUUAUGUGCAGUCAGAUCAUUGGGACUCCCUACGGACGUUGAUAUGGCACAACAGAUGA